GAGAGAACGAGACGAGAGUAUCCUCACGUAUCGUCUCCUCGUCCCGGACCGACCCCGUGUUCUUCCGCGAAGGCUGGAAUUUCGUGUGCGGGCAAAGUGAAUGACAGAGAUAAAGUACGAUAUGAGACAGCGGCUCGGCGACGAUUAACCAGCAAGCGAAUUUUUCGCGAUUCGUUCUCCAUUCACGUUCACUUUGUAAUAUAAUUAAAAAACAUGCCACGCGAUUGUUGAAUCAUUUGUUUGUUCGGUUUUCUCGAAAAAACGAUCAAAAACAGCGGAGAAAAAUCUCGUGACGUUCGUUCGAAUUCGGACAACGCUCUCACUCUCAUCGGACUCUUUACGAGCGCAAGUUCUCAUCUACUUUUUGCUAUACGACCAACCCCCAUACGGCUUCAGGGGCAUAAGUUGACAAACAUCGCGUCUAAGCUCGCGCUUACAACUUAACGAUCUCGAUUCCGCGGCGAGGAUACUCCGGCAAAGAUAAAACGAGUUGCUCCGAAUCGAGGAUCUCUUUUUCAUUGACUCGUCCGAUACGCUUGUCCCGGGUGAGAAGAUACGAGACUCGUACAGAGCUACAGAGCUGCGGCUACGUUGAAGAAGCGUGGGAAAGAAGGUGAAGCACGCGCGAUCGAAGAGACAUCAGCGAAGCGCAACGAGGGACCUCUUUCCUGCUCUCUCUUCUAUUCUUACCUCGGCGAGGGCGUUUUCUACAAGAAAUGACGAACGAUGCGGAGGACGAGUCCGGCAGCUUGGAUAGGAGUUCGUAGUGCAGCGCGCACGAGGAGCGAGGCAACGGUCGAUCCGUGCAGGGGAUAAAAAAAGAAAGAGGAACGAAGGAGGCAGGAGCAUCGGGAGGCGUAGGAGGAGGAGACGCCGAGGUGGAUAAGUUCUCGCCUCAGAAACGAGAGUAGACGAAAAAAGGGACUGGGAGAAGGAGGAAAAAUACAAGGAAUUUCCAGGCUCCUCUCUGACGUACGCGGUGAAACAACCUUGGGAGUAUAACGUGUCGUGAGUUUUCUCUUCAUCCCGUCACGUACACCAAAAGCUGGACCCAAGAAGAAAAGAGUGGACGGAACAAUGCAAAAGAACAAAAAAAUAAAUAAAUAAAAAACGCAAGACGACAAAAAUAAAUGGCUAGUUGAGGGAAAGACUGACUGACUCAUUGAACGAAUAACGUCGAUCUGAGAACGGCUCGGAGCAUCGGCACUUGUUAUUUUGCUACCGACAGCUCUCGUCCGUGAACAUCAUUGGACGAAAGGCAAGAAAAAAUGUGAACGGUCGUCCCACUCAUCUGUCUUCGGUGGUCAUUCAGCGUUCAGUGCUUUUAGUCUGGAACAAUAUCCCUCUCGGUUGCUCUUGGAUUUAGAGAGAGAGACUGGGUUAUCGAAAGGGGAAGUGGAAGAGCGGAAGUGAGUGAGCGAGAGAGAUUAAGGAAGAGAGGAGGCUUAGGCUGAGAUGGUCAAAUCGCGUGAUUGCCCGAGGCCUGGGCUGAGAGGACGAGACGAGAGGGCCUCGACAACUGCGACGACAACGGGACACCCGAGGCCAGCAAGGAUCGAUCAAAGAGAACCGUUUAUUCGUUAAGAGUGCCCAGGGACUCCGGGCCAAUUAGAAGGCCAAGAAAGAGCUCGCCUCGGGUAAGACGAAGCUCUUUCCAACGGACUGACGUUUUUUCCUAACAAAGAGAAAAAAAUAAGCCCCAAGAAGAAAGAGGAAAACUGUGAGAGCGGGGAGAAAACGAAGCGACGAGAAAACGAAGGGGACGACGAGACAAGGACACUUCAAAUCGACCUCAACAACAAAGCGACAACGGCGCGGAGAAGGGCAAAAGAAAUGGCAGCCGGUUCGGCGGUUGCCAUGAUAGGUGCCAAUCUGAGAUUCGGCAUCGGGGCCUCGGGCAACGUAACUUCGAAUGCUACCAAAGUAUUCCAGUGUCACCCCGGCGGUGUGACCGAGGCCACGGUGAUAUUCAGCCUCGGGGCACUCGGUAUGGGAGCUAACAUUGUUCUCAUGACGCUGAUCCUCGCGAAGCGGCAGUUGAGAAGAUGGUCCCAGGGAUUGCUUUUUCAUCAAGCGAUGGUCGACUGCGCCAGAGCAGCGAUAUUGCUGCCCCUCGGAUCGAGCAUAUUAAAUUGUCAGCCAGUCAACAAAUGUUCACUCGUCGAAACGGCUUUUCUACUAUUGGUCACUGUCUCGACGGUCAACAUGCUGACAACUGUCCUCAACGACAGUCCCGUGUUUCCUGAAAGCGACGAAGAAGCCGAUCUGACAGCUCCGCUGCUGAUGGACUCGCCGCAGUGCGUACUUUUCGGCACAUUUAUGAUAUGGUUUGCGAGCAUAACGAUAAAUCUUGGACCGACUUUUUUGAGCGGAGCACUCGCAGCUAAUACGGAGACUGGCCACAACGCGCCAAGUUGUCCACUCGUUCACGGGCCUUUUCGUCACUACAUUCUCAACGUUUUAUGGAUCGUCAUAAACGUCAUAUGUGUUGCCCUCACGCUUUUUCAUCUGAGAAAAUUGCAUCGUGAUCUCACGAAAGCAAACGUCGAGGCGGUACGAGUAGCCGGGCUGGUGACGACUCUGGUCAACGUGACCGGUGGACAUGGUGGAACCAACGGUAUGGUCGAGGGUGGAAACGCCGAGGCGCGAAACGGCACGACCCCCAAGCGAACGGGUGCCCUCGAGGAACAUCGUAAAAUGAGAAAUUAUCUUCGAAGAAUGGAACGCGAGGGUGUACAAAGAGUCAAGAUGUUCUUGGUAAUAACGGCUGCCUACGUUAUAUUCUGGGGACCCUUGUUCUUCGUGACUCUGGUACAUCACCCUGUAAUCGGAAACGCCACCGGCUACGAGGUGACUUUGCACAUUGCUUACGUACACGCUUUCGUGAAUCCUGCUCUUUUUUUGGCACUUCAUCGAGGCCUUAGGCAAGGUAUAUCGGAGUUUUGUUGCGGCUGUUGCGAGAGCAUAGCGCGAUGGAUACUGGGCUCGACGACUUCGAGCCCGUUGCAAUCCGCCCAACCACCGAGAUACGAGGCGCCCAUGAAUCUGCCAUCGCCACCGGAUCCACCCCUGAUACCAGCUGCGACUUCCUCUUGCGAUCUCAGCGACGUUGCCAUGCUCAAGCCGCCCUUACCACCGAUCGCCAAACAUUUUCUUCCGGACGAAGCGAUUGCGGUGCCGGAUCCUUGGAGUAUUCUGACGAGACCAAAGAGCAUCCCGAGUCUGUACGAGGAGAAACUAUCGAGAAGGCCGAGUCUCUUACUUCCACCGCCACCUGACUUAAGCGAAUUGCAAACGACUAUCAGCCCAACGAGCAGCGAUUUGCCUAGCGAAUAAUUCACCGUUUCAUCCGCGGCAUAUAUUUAGAUGAAAAAAUUGAUAAUUAUAAUCAUGACAAUGUCCAUGAAGAAGAAAAGCAAUGAAAAUACCACGAGCAGAAGAGAAAUGAGAACGAGAAGAGGAGCGGAGUAAAAAGUACGUUAAGCGAAUUUGACUCAUACCGAAACAGCAGAAUUUCAUGCAGGAUAUUUUUUUACGAUGUUAACUUUCAAGUGGUAGCUGGACGAGUGAUCGAGAAAUCGAUCGGAACAAAAGUACUCGCCUACGAUCGAUGUAACGAAAAAUAAUUAACGUCUAUACUUCGAUGUCACUAAUACUGAAUUUCAUUUUUAUUUAUACGAAUCUUGGCGACUUCGUGUUUAAGAUUUCGUUACGAUUCCAUUGUCAAUCAAAUAAAACGUAAUAAAGUCGACAGAAAUUCCCUUUUUCCCGUAGAUUCCCACGCUUUCCCUACUUUGAAAAUUCGGAUUUCUCGUCGUUCUUCAAUAACUGCGCGAGUACCCACUAAAUAAUCGAGUUACCGUUCGACCAUUCCCGAGCGAUUAUUUCUGUCCAUUUUCAGACUAAGAUACUGUUUGCAACUCACUCCAACAACUUCGUGAAAAACCGACUAACAAUUCCAGCAGUUUGAUCAACCAAAAUCUCCUGAUUCUAAAACCAAAAGCGCCAAAAACUUCUAAGAAAAUUUCGUCUUCAGAAUUUCCUUUGAAAAAUCGAAGAGAAAAAAAACGAAAUUGAAUAUUUUCCACGCGAGAAAUAAACGGCGAGUGUCAAAGUAUCGAAAGUUCCUCAUCCACGUCCCAAUAGUUUUUUACUUCAUUUCAGACGAACAAAGAUUCAAAGCGUGGCUCACACAUUCUUAAGAAAGUUCUUAAGAAAGCUCGAAUGAUUAAUUUUCGAUGUAAGCGCCGACUCAACAGGCUCAACGGUAAGAAUUUCACUUGAAUUCGUGCGUUUGCUGUUUUAAAAAUGCUCAGAAAAAAUAAAAUUGCAUCACUCAAUAUCGAACUGAUCAACGUGACGAAUCCUCACAGACUGAAACGUUAUUAACUAUCUAAUAUAAUCGACAAAUCAAUCGAUGUAUCUGCGAUAUCUUAUUGUGUUUUAUCGAUAAAAUAACAAACGAUUUUCGGGUUGCACAUUAUCAUUAGAAUCCUGUUCGUGUGAAUGUAGCAUUUUUUUCAAAAGUGUUCAAUGUGGCCUGAAUGUCGAUUAUUUUGCGUCGUGUCUAAAUACAAAUGUGCGGACUCGUGUUCCUUGCCGACUUGAAGAACGCCCGGUCAGGAGUGAAAUCUUCCUGCUUAUUGGGUGAAACGUCAGAAAUAUGUGCGACUAUAUUCGCAUUUUACGAAACCAGGGCAGAAGGAAAAAAAAUGUGAUCCAAAAGUAGUUGAAAACGAAAAAAACUUGUCAUAAAAAGAUUCGCGAUUUCUUCGUUACGAACAACAGUCAAAAAUUUGUCUCUAGCACAAUAUUUUUGGAAAAUAUAACAAAGUUGGCGCAGGAUAUCCCAUGGACUGAAAGUAUUUGACAUCCGCACUUAUAUUCUUUGCUUUCGAACGUGUAGUUAGCGAAAUAGUAAGCAACUCCUCGAAUUAGUUCCUUACAGCCAGAGCCAACGCUUAAAUUUUCGCCAAGUACGAGAAACGCUUGAAAAUUCUUACGAUAAAUAGGGAGUGCGAGCUUUUUAUGGAAAAAAAAUCUCAGAGAAAUAGGAGUCAGAGGGUAAAGGGUCACUCGAGGAUUGACAAAGCACAAAAAUCUAAAAACGACUGGUGUAGUUGAAGAGAAUCGUUGCUAUCGAAUCUGAGGCGAGGCCAUAUCAAUGCGUAACUCUGUCUUUGAUGAGCGAGCAUUUGUAGCAUCAAUUUUUCAUGAUUUUUUCUUCGAGUGAACAAACGAAAGUCUCGCACGUUCUCAUCAUUUUUCUCAACGCUAUUAGGACGAAUACAUAUUUCAUCGUGACAACCGUGUAAACGAAAACGAAAAAGAAUAAUAAGAGAACUAAGACGAUAAAGUAGAUCCAAUUUUGACGGAGCUUCAACGAACUCAAAUCUCCCGUAAAAGAUCGAAAAAAUUGCUCAUCAAAGUAAUAAAUACAAAUGAAGAAGAAGAAGAAAAAACAAAACAAAAUGUAUUCCGCCCACCGGAGCCCUUAAGCCAAAGAACAAAAUAAAAACACCCAAUCUGUCAAUUAGAAAAUAGAUCGUUGUAAAAGAGAUGUCUAAAAAAAAAAUAAUAGAUAAAUAACUAUCAGAAGCCAAUUUUUCAUUGGCCAUAAUGAAUGUAAGAAGAGAGGAGACGAGAAUAUAUUAAAGGAAAAUUUACUUUGCUAAGGUCCAAGGAAUUUGGAGAGAAAAAGUCAUAUUUUCGUUCGAUUAACCCGAUAGUUUUACACCACAGCUACGUCUAUAGAAGUGCACUUUGAAAUUCAUCUUCCGGGUCCAUACGAUAUUAAAUAAUUUAUUCGGUGUCGUCGUACGGUUUAAAUAAUCGCGUAGAAUUAGAAAUAAUCGUAAAUCGAGUAACUUCACAUUUAAUUUUCUCUUUCGUAUAUCUCCGUUGGAAAUUUCGAAAAUAUCUAUCGCCCUCUUUGAUUGCCAAACGAAUAAAAUUACAGGAACAUUUUUGUAUGCGUGUGUAGAUGGUAAAAGAAAUUUUGAAAAAAAGUGAAGAUACGAAAACGACGAUUCGAUGUGAAACUCGAAAAACGUCAUUGUAUAAAUUUAUUACACAUACGAUAUUGAAUCAAUGUAUAAACGAAACGUGCCUAAAAGAGACUCAUUCCUAAAAGCAAAGGAGAACCUAGAGAAAGAAAAAGCCAAAUUCAUUAAAUCAGCCAACUAAAAAAAGCUUAAAGAAACGAAAGAAAUAUUGUGCGAAUGUGAAAAGUGUGAUUUUGUUGGAGAUUGCGAUGGUGUGGAAUGAACUAAAGUCAUUCGGUUGUAUUCAUAGACGGACAAUUUCUUUGUUUUUUUUUUUUUCAUCUCCUCUCAACGUUUUUCUCUUCGAACGUUGACAAAGAAAAAUAUCAAAUUUCAUCGAACCUCAAACUGUCUAUAAAUACAACCAUUUAACGUUUGAAUAAUCAGACGUGUGUUAAAUGAUAUGAAAAAUGUAUAUGAAACUUUUAACUGGUGUAUCAUAAUAAAAGAAGAAAAAAUGUGCAAACGAAUUGCAUAUUUCGAAAGAA